AUGAACCCAAAUGCAAACCAAGAGAAUUUUCUCUUCACCGAUAAUAAUCGUAAUUUGCUACGUUAUUCUUAUUUGAUCGGUGAAGUCAUUACUCGAUUUGAUGAAUUAUAUCAAACGGAACAACAAAAUAAUGUAUCUACAGACGUUUGGUCCAUUUUCAACGAGGGAUCAACCCUUCCUAUAGAAAAUGAAGAAAACGUUUUUCGCGAUAUCUCAAGAAUAGAAGUUGAGCCAAUUGAAUCCAAUUUACAGCAUAAUCCCUCGGUCAAUAAUGAAGUGCCACAGGGUGACCAAGAGAAUUUUCGCUUUAAUAAUCAUCAUAACUUGCUACGUUAUUUUUAUUCGGUCGAUGAGGUUACUAAUCGUCUUGAGGAAUUGCAUUAUAUUGAACAACAGAAUAAUGAAUCCAUUAACAUUUGGUCCGAUUUCAUCGGAGGAUCCGACCUCGCUAUAGUAAAUGAGGAAAACGUUUUGCUUGAUUUAGAUCGUAGCUUCAAUUCCGAUAUCCCUUUGAUUCCGAUAUCCUAA